GCGCUUUCUGGCCCCUCUCACGCAAUCUCUGACGCGCGGUCAAUGGAAUAGGCUACUGAUAUACCAUUAUACCUGUGUGAUUACUUUUUUUCAUGAACAUUUCGUACCUGGAUUUUCUUCUUUAGGUCCGCGUAUCGACUGACCGCAAACAUGACAAUUAGGACGCUGAGAGAUUAUGGUCAGCACUACCGACCACGGAUGGCAUGCCUAAAAAAUGUGGAGGUGUUUGUGGUUGAGAUGCAGGAUCCUAAGAGUGGGGUGAAGGGUGCCGACCAGAAACUCAAUGUAACCAUUAUCCCACAUGUCAUCAACGGGCAGGACGUUCUAGCAUGGAUUGUCACCAAAAUGAAGGUUACCACAGAAGAGGCCCAGGCGUUUGGGACCAUGCUGGUGGCCUACGGGUACAUCUACCCCCUCCAGAACCACAGGAAGUUGGUCCUGGUACCCGACAGCACCCUCUACCGCUUCCAGACCCCUUAUUUCUGGCCCGUGCAGAAGUGGCCCGCUGAGGACAUUGACUAUGCCAUCUAUCUGGCCAGGAGAAACAUCCGGAAGAAGGGGAUGCUGGAGCCCUAUGAGCAGCAACACUACGACAAUCUCCACAAAUGGAUGAACCCCAAGUGGGAUUUCAUCGUGAUGCAGGCUACAGAGCAGUACAAGGCUAAUAAAGAGAGGAAGAAGCCAGACAGAGUGGUGUUGGACUGUCAGGAGAGAGCCUACUGGAUAGUACACAGGCCACCACGUCGGACACACAGUGCCAUGGACUAUGGUCUGGACCGUCUCAUUGACCCCAAUGCAGAGGAGGUGUUGACCUUCGACGUGGUCAGGAGAACCAACAUUUUCCUUACACAAGCCCUAAUGAGGUCAGCUGUCAAAUCGUCUGUGUCCCUCACAGCCUUUGUCAAGUUCGUGACAACCCACCACAAUCACGACCCGUUCCUGACAACCCCUGUCCCCAGCAACCCUUGGAUAACGGACAGUGAUGAGUUCUGGCAACUCAACUCAAGAAGUGUGGACAUCCCCACUAAGUUGAGUGUGGAGCGUUGGGUCUUGAGCUUCUGGGAGCUGAUCAGUGACCCACGAGGCAGAGUCGACUUCAAGCUCUUCCUUAAGAAGGAGCACAGUGCGGAGAACAUGGCGUUCUACGAGGCAGCUGAGGAGAUGAGGUGGGGAGCAGCGUCUGCCAUACCAGAGAAAUCCCAGUUCAUCUUCAACACCUUUCUGAAGCCUGGAGCUCCUCGAUGGAUCAACAUCGAUGGUCGUACCAUGGGGCUGACAGUGAAGGGUCUGGUUGUUCCUCACCGCUACGUGCUGGACGCUGCCCAGACACACAUCUUCCUGCUCAUGAAGAAGGAUACGUUCUACCGGUACCUGAAGUCUCCGGUCCAUAAAGACAUGCAGAAGAGGGCUCUGGUCCCGGCGCCCCACGUCUUCACUGAUGCCCAGUUGGAGGCCAAUGUGAGGAAUCGUAACCCAGGCAUCAGCCCCAUCCUGCAGUGGCAGCAGGAGGAGGAGGAGAAGGCAGCAGCAGCUGUUGCUGCCAGGCCCAUUGACGUCAAAGCCAUGGUGGCCACCAACAAGCUGGACAGGAAGUAGAGAGGGCCCAGGGCAUCAUGGGAAAUGGAGUUUAAUAUACAUGCGGUUGUUCAUCUAAUAUAUAUUUGGUUUCCAUGGAGAUGGUGUUACAUUGGACUACUUUAUGUCCUAAAUAUUGGAUAUUAGCUAUUGUUUUAAUGGAGAUAUUGGUAUUUUAUAGAAUCAUUUAUGUCCUCGACAACUGAUGUCAAGCCAGUACGGAUUGGUUGAUUGAGGGAAAUAAACUAUUGUCUGUUGAGUACCUGUGUUGUGUUAAGGCCAUUUACUGUACUGAGAAUGAAUCUGCUGAUGAUAAAAUCUACUUUAGUUCAGAUGGACAGAGAACAGGGACUGUCUGUAGGGGCCCUCUGCUACACAACACACUACUAUAUCAACACACAGAGAACAGGGACUGUCUGUAGGGGCCCUCUGCUACACAACAUACUACUAUAUUAACUGAUACACAACAUACUGAUACACAACAUACUACUACAUCAACUGAUACACAACAUACUACUACACAACAUACUACUACAUCAACUGAUACACAACAUACUACUACAUCAACUGAUACACAACAUACUACUACAUCAACUGAUACACAACAUACUACUAUAUCAACUGAUACACAACAUACUACUACAUCAACUGAUACUGUGCUCUGAAAAAGUGUGUGUUCCGCGGACCGCUCCGGCUUAUGAUACUGUUGUAUUAAAAGUCUAUAUUGAUUUUCACA